ACAAUGCCACGAAAAUGUGUUUUAUGUGGGGCCUCGCACAGCAUCACCCUCUCAGUGUUUGCAUUUCCCAAAUCAAGCCGUCAACGAGCUGCCUGGGUGACUGCCAUUCAACAGAUUAUUCCUACAUUUUGUGACCCGCAGACUGAUGGUCAUUUGGCUAGUGCUCGUAGUGGAGUAUGUGUGAGGCAUUUCCACCCUGAAUAUGUAAAAAAGGGCAAGAAGUCGAGCCUUAACCGAAAAGCUGUUCCACUUGUAGUGGCUGACCUCAGCAUCAAUGGAAAUUUUACUCAUGCAAAAAAUAACCUUGCAGCAUCCUUCUUGGUACAUGAAAGUAGCAAAACAAGAGAAAGUUUCUUGAUUGAUGAUGAUGAAACCCUUAGAGGUCCUCCUGAGGUGGCUUCUGAGAGCAAGAAAGGAAACAACUGGCAUGAAGACCAACUGAAAGCUGAAAAUUGCUUGAGUAUAAAUAUUGAUGAUUAUCUACCAAAUGAAGAUUCUUAUGUGGAGUCAAGCAAGGCCAUCACUGAUCAUGGAUUUGCCUUUAGCAGUAAGGAAAUAUCAGAAAAAUAUAUUUGUCUUGUUUGUGGAAAACAUGACAAAAAUUAUAGUUUAAUAUGUAUUUUCAAUGUCCAUGAUUUUCCUGGUAACAUUACUGUGAGUUUGUUGUCAAAAAUUGUUGGUAGGUCAAAGCAAGAGGUUCUUUGUGUUAGUAUGAAAAUUUGCUCCAUGUGUGAGAAUCUUCUCCAAGAGGUUGCACAAAUUGAAGAAGAUUUAAAACUGAAGAAGCAGACAAUAAGACAAAUGUUUGAGACUACUCUGGAAGAGCACAAAGGGAAGUCAGAUGUGGUAGUAAUGGCUUCCAAACCUUUGGAUGUUUAUCCAGAGGAAAUACAAUGUAACAGAAGUUUAAUAUCGGAUUCAGGUUCUGUUGAGAAUAUGGGCGAUAAAAGUGACAGUGGUACAAGUGAGCAGCUGUCAGACAAGGUGAGAAAAAGUUCCCGAAGGCUAGCAUCAGCAAAGAAAUACCGUUGUCCUCAGUGUAAGGAAGUUUAUUCCAGUCUUGCAUUAUGGGUUCAUCAUUUAUCAAAACAUUCAGAUAUGGAAGAUUUACCAUUGCAAAAUAAAGGCAAACAAAUGCCUUCAAGAAUGAAGAAGAAACAUAAAAUGGGUAUCCAUACUUGUGAGGAAUGUGGUAAGACAUUCUUUUGUAAGCAGACCCUUGUGGCCCAUGCUGCUGCACAUCAGAAAGGUUCUGAGUGUUCUGUAUGCGGAAGGUAUCUAACCACUAAAGCCAGGCUCAAAGCUCAUCUCUUCAAGUUUCAUGGAAUAGGAGAAGAGAAAAAUAAGGAAGUAGCAUGUCAAGAUUGUGAAAAAUGCUUUGGGACCAAAGCUGGACUGCGUUAUCAUCGUAAUGUUGUGCAUCAUGUAGGCACCAAGUAUGUGUGUGAACACUGCAGCAAGAUAUUUUAUUAUCAUGUGCCAUUCAGAAGUCACCUAUUAUAUGCUCAUGGGGAAAAGAAAAUAGUGUGUGAAACGUGUGGGGAGAAAUUUUUCACUAUUUCCAAAUUAAAUACCCAUAUUAAUGCUGUUCACAGAAGUGCCCAGUCAUGGACGUGUGAUGAUUGUGAUUCAAAGUUUACAACUUACACAGCAUAUCGCCAUCAUGUGAAUGUGAAGCAUCUCAAGGUGCAGCAUACGUGUGAUUAUUGCAGUGCACAGUUCCGAAAGAAGUCUUCACUGAUGUUCCAUCUAUGGAAGCACUCUGUUUACAUUUGCCAACUAUGUAGGGAAAGUUUUUCCAGUAACAUUGACUUGCGAAGUCACAUGUCUGUUACUCAUGGUAAGGAAUUUAACUGGAAGGGCAAGAGGAAGCAAAAUAUUCAAAUACCAGAGAAGAAGCUUGUGGAAGAGGAUGAAUUGCAGAAAAAUUCAGGAUCAGAUGAACACAUUCAGCAAAAUGAUCAUGUAACAUCCAUUGUAAUAAAUGAUCUCCUUAUGACUGCAGAAUCUUAUGAUAACAGCAGCCUUCAGCCCUUCUCUUUGUCAUCAUGUGAAAAACUACCAGAGAAGCAUUCAUAUACAAAUGAAGAUAUGAAAGUAAAAUCUCUAAGUAUUAUUGAUACAUCACAAGACCUCAGGGGUGUUGAUUCUGUACAGUUUGACACAGUGGAGACAUUGGAAGUAAAGUCCUCUCAUGAUCACAUUGAAAUGACACCUGGAGUCUCUCUCAUCAAUGUGCAGAUUCUCGGAGACAUGGAAAUUUCCCAGAGUGAUACUCUGGGAGACCUGAAAAGCACUAUGUUGGUAGAUGCUACAGACCAUUUGUCCCAUGAUGGUCAGCUAGAUAAUGAGGAUAAUAUGGCUAGCCACUUGGCUGUUGAAACACAUCUCUCAGGUGAACAUCUUGAAGUUGGAGGUGGCUUGGAAACUGCAAACCAUUUGGAGACUACAUGUCAUUUAGAAGCUGCUGAACAUUUAGAAUCACCUUGCCACUUGGAGGUUACAGACCACCUUAGUACUGAAAGUCAUAUACAAGUACCUAGCCAAUUAAAAUCUCCUCACCAUCUUGAAACAGGAGACCACUUAAAGGUUGCUGGACAUAUUGACAUCACAGACCACUUGAAUGCGACAGGUCAUAUUACUGAUUCUGUAAAUCUUAACUCUAAUCCCAGUAUGGUAGCCACAAACCACCUUGAAAGCUCAGACAAUUUAGAGCCAACAGAGCAUCUCCACAUGCCAACUAAUAUUAAUGAUUCUUCACAAUUAGAUUCAAGUCAUUUAGAACAUGCUGAUCAAUGCUCACUCCCAUCAAUGAUCAGUCAGAUAGAGGGGGAAGUGGAUGAACAUAUGGUAGACCCAGUUAAUGGUCCUCUGGUAACAGAAAUGGUUCCGGUAAUCCAUAAUAUGGCAAGUGAAGUUAAUAAUGAUAUAGAAGAAUGUACAAAUGCACACUCAAGUCAGAACAUUGACCAGCAUAUACCAAAGGAAACAGAUACAGAGAUGAUGAACCAAAAUUUAGACAAAGAGAUUGAGAAAAUUGAUGAAGUAGAACUAGAACCAUUUUCUGUUACUUUGGAUGGGAAAGAAGUUCAGUAUCAGUAUGUGAUGUACAUAUCUGCUUCUGGGGAAGACAACUGUAGAUGAAGUAAAUAUAUGCAGCUGCACUCUUGUGUCUGCACUUAACUCUUUGUGGAUUUAGCAACUAAACUACAGUAAAUGUAUUUUGUGUUAUUUCUAUACCUUGUCUUAUGUCAUUUUCAUUCUUGAAAUGGUUAGAAAUCAAUAAAAUGUGUGGAUGCAAAUAUGAAAAAAUACCACAAUAAAAAUAUUAAUAGAACAGAAACAGUUCAGCACUAGUGUGUUUACACACUGGAGGUACUAGAGACAAAAAUCAAGGUUAGCACAUUUUAUAGGCUGCAAAAUAGUUUCUUAGUGAGGUGCUAAGGUACAUGUCAGAGAGGUUGAAUAAGCAACUGCAUACUCAUUCUUAAUCCUUUUACUGUCUCUGAUGUAGAUCUAUGUCAUUGACACCAGUGUUGCACACACAGAUCAAUGUUUUAAGCACAUCAUCCUCAAAUAUGCUCUGAGCAGUAAAUUUUGGUCAAGACAUGAGAAUAGGUUUGUGUGGGGGGGCUGCACAAUAUAAAAAAAAUCCUGCCCCAUGCAAUGUAUGAUGGGAAAAGUAUGCUUCUGACCCUAUUUUUUUUUUUUCAAGUUUUUAUUUAUUUGCAAAAUUUACAAUGUGUGACUGACAUGUUAUAAGGAGUCUAUUUCCAUGCAUAGUUUACAAUGUUAACUUACAAUAUUGAUUUGCAAGUGCAAUGAAAGCCAAUAUCAUGCCGAGGCAUUUUGGGCAGACUACACCUAGUACAUAACAGACUAUACUUAACCCUUUUAAGGUCCGUGCUGUAGAUCUACGGCUUUACGUCGAGGGUCCAAACUGUAGUUCUACGCCGUGAGCUCAGCUCACACUGAUAAGCUGUGAGCGGUGAAUUUGGGCCUAGAUAUGAGAAAAUACAUCUAUGUGGUAUGUGUGCACCACAUAAAACAAAUCCUGCAGCACACAGUGCAUAAUGAGAGAAAAAACUGAGACCGUAAUUUUCGAUUAAAACAGCAACUUUGCAGUGUUUUUUGUAUGUUUUUUUAUAGUUGUAUUUGUGAUUUCUUGGUCUCAUUUGAUAGAAUGGAAGAUAUAUUACAGAAAUAGAGAUGAUUUUGAUUGGUUUUAGUACUAAAAAUGGCUUGAAACUGAGCUCAAAGUAGCAGAAAUGUUAAAUUUUUGCCGAUGUUCAAGAGUAAACAAAUGACCUCACAUGUCUAAUAUACGCCAGCUGGUGGGUCUAAUAUACGUUCACAAAUGUGCUGAUAUUAUUUAUACAAUUAUUACAAUAUUGCAUAACAGUAAAUCAAGAAAGAAGACAGAAGAAAGAAGAAGAUGAACGACACCCCCAACCGGGGGCCACAGCCUGGUCACCAUAUGGAGAAGACCCGGGCCGGAAGUACCGGCGAACCUCUAAUGAAUGAAUGAAGUAAAUCUUCUAUUUUUUUGGUUUGAAUAAAAAUUCAUUAUGUUAAUAAAAAAUCAAAAUGGGAUUCAUUUGUAAAGCCUGAAAACAUAACUAAUGAACAGAGGAAAUUUUAGUUUAGUGCCAGGAAUGCCUGCAUUGUUUAUUCUGGACCCUAUUUUGAAAUU